AUGUCUUCAGUUUCCGCUGCCCCUUCUAUCUUUGGCUCUGCCCCCGCUCCUCGUAGUGGUAGCGACGACCCCGCUGCCGGUGCUCUCACCCAACCUUCCCUCGGAAGGCUCGGUGGGAAGCAAAGGGAAGCGCUGAAGCUUCGCUUGGACCUGAACCUCGAAGUUGAGAUCGCCAUUAAGGCCAAGUACCGUGUCCCUAACUACACUUUCAGGGAGUAA